AUGAAAACGUCGUUGAAUUCCAAGGUUUUUGCAGGGAUGUGCCUGAAACUUUGCUUCGUUCUCCUUCUUCUGCCUAUAAUGGCUCAAAGAGCAGCUGCUUUGUCUGCUGAAACAAAGAAAGUCCUACUCAAGGGCCUUAAUGGGAAGAAUCUGGAGGACCGUCGAGCAAGACUGCAACAUCUCUCUACAUUGUACUCCAAAAACAGACCAAUAGUGAAAAAUCAGAAUAAGACUACAGAGGAAUUAACUGAAGGAUCUGCAACAGAACCGGACAACGAACCGAGUAUAGAAAAGAUCAACGAGAACGAAGGGGUUUCCGAUUACCUUUUCCAGUCAGAUAUUAACUUAUCUGAGGAACAACUUGGAUGGAUUGAAGAAAGCAUAUCAAAAAACGAAAGCACUCGGAAUAAACGUCAAGUACGGGAAGAUGGUGCUCUAUGGGCAGAUAACACUGUCAAUUACUGGUUUGAUGUUAGUAUAGAUGCAGCGAAACGAUCGGUUAUUACUAAAGCGUUUAAUUACCUCCAAGCUCGGACAUGUAUUAAUUUCGUUGCGAGCGAGGUUGCUCCGAACCGAUUACAUUUUUUCAAUGGUGACGGAUGUUGGUCGUCGGUUGGCAUGAUGGGUGGCGUGCAGUACAUAUCGAUACCAGACGGUUGCAAACAGGUAGGCAUUAUUGCACAUGAACUUAUGCACGCGUUGGGAGUAUGGCAUAUGCAAAUGCGAGACGAUCGCGAUGAUUACAUUCAAGCUGAUCUAACGAAUGUCAUGCCAGGUAUGGAAGGAAACUUCGUCAAGUACCCUACGAUAAACUACAAUCCAUACGAAUAUGGCAGUUCCAUGCACUACCGAUCAAAUGCGUACACUACCACUGGAGACUCAUUGAUUCCCUUCGAAGGACGAUAUUUGAACACCCUUGGCUCCCGUAUAACCUCUUUCUAUGACAUCAAAACAAUUAACGAUCACUAUAAAUGCAUUGAUCAAUGUCAAGUUGCUCCUGCAGCGUGUACGAAUGGAGGGAUACCAAAUCCAAGAAACUGUGCAACUUGCGUUUGCCCGAACGGAUACGGAGGAGCUUUGUGCGGUGACCGACCUACUGGAUGUGGUUCAACGUUGACAGCGACUGCCCGCUGGCAAGUAAGACAGUUUACUUUCGGUAGCGCAGCAGCAACUUCUCUUCUCAAUCUCCCUUUACUCUGCAAUCAUUGGAUUAAGGCUCCCGCUGGUAAACAGGUUCAAGUCCGUGUCACCUACGUGAAGGAACCGAAAUGCCAAAAAGGUUGCAAUAUAAAUGCCAUUGAACCGAAAAUUAAAGCCGAUUCUGCGAUUACAAAUGCAAGGAUAUGCUGUACAAAUUUGCUGAAUUACGUUCUCACCAGCGAACUCAACCCAACUCCAAUAGUUGCAUAUAACAGAUUGAAAAUAACGACAUUUACGUUUCAUUACAGAUUCAUAUAG